AUGUCAAGCAUCGCAAGCGUAAAGAGUCUCGACCACCUUGUCCUGACAGUGCGCGAUCUGGACGCUUCGAUCAAAUUCUAUCAAGGGGUGAUGGGAAUGAGACUUGAAAGUUUCGCUCCCGCAACCUCGCCAGACACGAAGCGAUAUGCGCUCAAGUUCGGUUCUCAAAAGAUCAAUCUGCAUGUCUGCGGCAAAGAGUUUGAGCCAAAAGCCCAGACUGUUCAGCCAGGCAGCGCCGACCUCUGUUUCCUCGUUGAGGAAUCUGUCGAUGAGGUACUCAGAGAAUUACAGGCCAAAGGCAUCGAAGUGUUGGAAAAUGGUAUGGUGGUGAACCGAACGGGGGCCCAAGGGAGUCUCCGUAGCGUCUACUGCCGCGAUCCCGAUGGAAAUCUCAUUGAGUAG